UGUGCCCGUUGGCCCAGCCCAACCCGACCCGGCGCUCUCUCUUCCUUCCAUCUCUCCCCCGAUUCCUCUCACCCGAUUCCGGCACACACCCAUACGCGGCGGCGGCAUCUCCUAACCCUAGCCGUCAACGGCGGCGCGCCCCCUAACUCGUGUCCUACAAUUGCUUGCUACAGAGAAAGCUACAGGGAUCGAGUUGGAUGGCGCCUUCCACAUCCGAUCGAGAGCAAAACGGUGAGGCGAGCAGCAGCGGGGCGGGCUCAAAAUCGAAGGACAAGGAGCGGCCAAGGUCCUUUGACGAGAAGACGCGGACUGCGUGCUGGCGUAAGGCGGCGGUGCUGGCAGGGCGACACCCAGAGCGGUGGCGGCAGGACGCCGCUGGCAACGUGGUGUGCCGCCGCUUCUGGAGCUGCCACGGCUGCCUCUGCUAUGAAUACGAUCACAUCAUUCCCUUCUCCAAAGGAGGGGAAUCUACUGUUGAGAAUUGCCAGAUCCUUCAGACUAGGGUGAACCGUUCCAAGUCUGAUAAAGCAUGGGUGGAGAAGGCAGAGAUGCAAGGCUUUUCCUGCGAUAUCAAGUUCACAGACAAGGAGCUUGAUGUAAUCGAGAUGGCAGUCUAUGGGGAUGUCAUUCGUCCUGGCAAACAAUGUCGCUGCAAGACCGUAGCUGAGAUGCUUGGACAGGUGAAAUCAAAGAAUCAAAUGGCUGCUUGUGACUUACCAACAUAAUGAUGCCUCCUUAUAUGAAGACCAUGUAGACUUGUGUCCUUCUUUCAGGGAGGGCAAUCAUCGUCAAACUGCUGAUUACAUUAUAUUAUUGAUCUCCGUUAAAUUGGCAUCAUCGUCUUCAGCACAAAAGCACACCCAUAGAGCAAUCUAAGCUCAUAGGUGCAAUUAUAUUGUGCUUGUCACUUAUGCCUGUCAGAAACUUGGAAUGUGACAUUGAACAUGUUUGACUGUAGAAAUUAUUAACUUGAUAACGCCACUUACCAAGAGUUGUGUCAAAGUAUUGUGUUUGUAGUAAUAUAUCCUGUCUUGCUGUUGGGGAGUAGAUGCUAAUGGUUUUGAUCUCGUUUAUGGA